CCGUUCAUAGCAACGAGAUCUCAAAAUGGGUUAUUGUGAUAAGGAGCAGAAUUGAAGAGAACCUUAGGAGACAAUUGGAGAAGGGAUGUGAAGAAGUCAAGAGAAGAAGACAAGGGAAGAAGGUUAUUCCAAACCGUUGUUUUGGAUCGUUACGGAAAUUCCAAUUGGCCAAUUGGAGAUCGUCUCUUUUCUCAUGUUAGGGCAUAUUUUGGGCCUGCAAACACAUAGACCCAUCUCAUUGUAUAUUGAAGCGGUCAACCACGAACAUCACAUUACAUAAACACCAUAAAGAAAAAUAAAAAGGAAAGAUUACUACCUAUUGCCCGGAGCGAGCAAGCAGCAUGGCACCGCGGCAGACCGUCCUCCCGCUCGCGUACCGGGCCUUUUUCCUGAUCAUCGAGCCGACGUCCGCGCUCGUCGGCGCCUUCUACGCGCACUUCCGGCAGGACGAGUACCUGGCGAUGACAACGCACACGUCUUCUUCUUCUUCUCCGGUGUCAUUCGGCCUAUCGAUCAUCAUGUCGCAGCUCGCGAACCUGUACCUGCUCUUCGCGCUCAACGAGGCGCUGGUGCUGCGGUCCACGGGCGACCUCAGGGUCUGGCGGACCGUGCUGUUCGGUUUGUUGUUGGCGGACUUCGGACACCUGUAUUCGAUCGCCGCGCACGGCGCCUGGAUGUACUGGGACGUGCGGCGCUGGAACGCGAUCGAUUACGGCAACGUGCCGUUCGUGUACCUGGGCGCCUCGAUGAGGAUCGCGUUCUUGGCUGGGGUUGGGCUGGGCGCGCCGGGCGAGAGUAAGGGCAAGAAGGCGGUUUGAGCGGAGUGCGGUGGUGUGUAAUCGUCAAGUUGAUAUCGGUCUCACUGGUUCAGGUAGGAGCGACCAUGCCAAGCAUUGAGACUGCAAAGCUGUUACCAUCCUCACCCAUUGUAUCUACCUACACUACCUACAAUAUGUAUCUGCAACAAUCAUCACGAACAAACUUCCGAGGCCAUCACAAAGCCAGCUACUUUAGCUAUCCCCAUUUUUAUGCUAUUUUCCAACUACUUAAAAAGAAAGCUCCGAUCUCUCGGUAGGAUGAAAUACCGCCCUGACGAUAUCGGGGGUUGAGGGGCAUCGCCUUAUUCCCCCUUAUCCCGACGACUUGAGUGGUGGGAGAUUCGGCAACGCCCUAUCGGAUUAAACCAUGUGAGACAACACUGAAGAAAAAACGGGCGGGUUCCGGCAUUAGUUUCACGUUAGGCUCGGAAUCUCAUUCGCGAGCUACGAAGUUGAAGCGGUGCCACUGCAUCAUUGAUUAUCCCGACGCGAGCACCAUACUAAGGCGGGAUGUCCUAUUGCGGAUAAAAGGAUGAUUCAGUGGCUUUUAUUUUUUUACUUUUUGGAGUAAUGCCCCUUAGCUUGG